UUAAAUUUUUUUUUGUCUCGUGUGCAUAUUCCUUCCUUGAUUCUCACUUUUCCCUCCAUCUGUUGUUUUCCCUCCAUCUGCAGCACGCUGCACAGUACACACCCUGUAGCUCUGCCAUUCACAUGCAUCUCCAUUCUCCAGAGCUCCAUAAUGCACCAGUUGCGAGCAGAAGUUGCCAAAAUGCACCAUCUGUUUCGCUUUCUCCUCGCCUCCAUACUGGUAGUGGUAGCCACCACUCUCCCUGGCGCGGCCGUUGCCAAGAGAUCAUGGGCUGAGCUCAGCGGCAAGGGCAACUGGGGCGGCCUCCUGGACCCGCUCGACGUCGACCUCCGCCGCGCCAUCAUCCGCUACGGCGAGCUGGCGCAGGCGACGUCUGACGCGUUCAUCAGCGACCCGGCGUCCCCCUACGCCGGCGCGUCGCGGUACGCGCCCGGCGCGUUCUUCCGAAAGGCGCAGGUGCCGGCCGACCCGGACGCGUACCGCGUCACGAGGUUUCUGUACGCGACGUCGAGCGCGCGCGUCCUCGACGCCUUCAUGACGCGGCCCGCGCCGCCCGGCGCGUGGAGCGCGGAGUCCAACUGGAUGGGGUACGUGGCCGUGGCUACGGAUGCCGGGGCCGCGGCGCUGGGGAGGCGGGACAUCGUGGUGGCGUGGCGAGGGACGAAGCGGGCGGUGGAGUGGGCCAGUGAUCUGGACAUCACGCUGGUGCCGGCCACCGGCAUCGUCGGCCCGGGGCCUGGGUGGUCUCAGCCGUCGGUGCACAGGGGGUUCCUGUCCGUGUACGCGUCCAAGAAUUCUACGUCGCGGUUCAACAAACAAAGCGCCAGAGAGCAGGUGUUGGCUGAAAUCAGAAGACUACUGGACGCAUACAAGAACGAGAAGUGCAGCAUCACGUUAACCGGCCACAGCCUCGGCGCCGCGCUCUCCACGCUCAACGCCAUCGACAUCGUGGCCAACGGCUUCAACGCCCGCGCCGCCUCGCCGUCCAACGACACGGGCACGGUGCCCGUCACCGCCGUCGUCUUCGGCAGCCCGCGCGUCGGCGACGAUCAGUUCAAGAAGGCCUUCGACUCGACGGUCGGCGUGAGGCUGCUCCGCGUCCGCAACGCACCGGACAUCGUCCCCACAGUCCUGCCGUCCGCGUUCUACAAGGACGUCGGCGUGGAGCUCCUCGUGGACACGCUCAAGUCGCCGUACCUCAAGAAGCCGGGCCCGGGCCCCUCCGCGUGGCACAACCUCGAGUGUUACCUGCAUGGCGUCGCGGGAACACAGGGCGCCGGCGACGGCGCUGGGUUCGGUCUGGAGGUGGACCGCGACGUGGCGCUGGUGAACAAGGAGGUGGACGCGCUCGUGGACGAGUACCCCGUGCCUGCGGCGUGGUGGGUGGAGAGGAACAGGGGCAUGGUGAAGGACGCGAGCGGGCGUUGGGUCCUCCAGGAUCACGAGGAGGGUAACCUUGCGAUGUGAUGAGUUUUGGUGGCUUUAGGAAUCUAAAUUCUAAGCUUCAGCUUCUUGAAAUAUAUUUUCCUACGAAAAUAAUGGAUAGAAUGGGAAGGGAAAAAAUUUGUAGGAUUGAGAAUGGUGUCUACAGAGAGUAAA